UACCAGGGAUAAACAAGAGGCACAACGCGCGUUUUUAUAUUAUGUAAACAUGGCUUCAAUGAUUACCAAACCAUCUCACCUACGUUGUAUCCUGACAAGGACUAGCAAAUGUUUAGCUGUGACUUGGACAAAGACAUCAUUUGGAUCAGAAAGAAGUUAUGCCUCCAAAACUGAUGGCGAAAGCAGGAUCCCCAAAAUAUACACAAAAACUGGUGAUAAAGGUUUCUCUAGCACUUACACUGGAGAGAGAAGACCCAAGGAAGAUCAUGUGUUUGAAGCAUUGGGAACAACGGAUGAGUUGUCAUCAGCGAUAGGCUUGGCCAGGGAGUUUUGUAUCGACAAAGGCCAUACAUUCACAGAUCAACUGGACAAGAUUCAGUGUGUCUUACAAGAUGUGGGAUCCAACAUUGCCACACCUCAGUCAUCUGCACGAGAAAUUCAUAUAAAAAAAACUAAGUUCAGUUCCCAACCCGUGGCAGACCUUGAAGGCUGGAUUGAUGAGUUCACAGAGAAGCUUCCACCACUGACAAACUUCAUAUUACCUUCUGGAGGAAAGAGCAGUGCGGCCCUCCACAUAGCACGGACAGUGUGUCGCCGAGCAGAACGCAGUGUUUCCCCUAUUGUGCGGUCAGGUGAGGCCGAUCCUGAUGUUGCCAAAUAUUUGAACAGAUUGAGCGACUACCUGUUCACAGUGGCCAGGUACACAGCCAUGAAAGAAGGCAACGAGGAGACGAUCUACAAAAGACCCGAGUGACACACGUCUACACGUGAAAGAUCAAAUCGGGGACCUUUGUGGAACAACCUUUGUUCUGCUUCUCGGUUGAAUUAAGUCAUCGGCAUUGUUUUAUGUGAAAGGCAGUUUGAUGGGUCUAAGUUGAAAUACUGUUAUCUCGUGAUGGAACUUUUCCUACAUUUCAAAUAAACACUUGAAUCCAAAUUCGACUUCGCUAGAGGCAAAAUCUAAACGUACGGAUACUUCUUUUGCCAUGCGGUACUUUUUAAAAUGUUGCAACCAUUUUUGAACAGGAUAAUAAUAAAAUGAGGUUUGAUUUUGUAAUGACACGCACAAGUUAUAAUCCUGUAUUGUGUAUAUGAAGCACAGGUUGUAUCACAAGAAGCUUUCAAUACAAUUUCUCUAUCAAUCUAUUUCAGAGAACUGGAUGACUAGCUUUUAUCACUCGGCAUCAGAAAGUACACUUUUCUAAUGAAAACAGAUGAGACUCCAUUUUGAAUGAUCAUAAACCUAUAUGUGUAUAGCAUUUCUACAAACUCUUAUGCUGUCAUCUGAUGCUGCAGUAAAUAAACUUCUUUCAUCAUCACA